GGCCCGGAGGGAGCGGAGCGCGGAGGCGGCGCUCACCAUGGCCGACCAGAGCAACAUCCAGUCGGCGGCCUCCAAGAGCAUCCGCCCCUUCCGCUCGAGCGAGGAAUACCUGGAGGCCAUGAAGGAGGACCUGGCCGAGUGGUUCAACGCGCUCUACGACCUGGACAUGGCGGCUGACACCUUCCUGGAGGCGCUGGCCACGGGCUGCGACCUCUGCCAGCACGCCAACAACGUCAACCGUGUGGCCUUGGAGUUCCAGCAGCGGCACCCCGAGGCGGCCGCCCGCAUCCCCCGCAACGAGGUCACCUUCCAGGCCAGGAACGUGGCGCCCGGCUCCUUCGUCGCCAGAGAUAACGUCUCCAACUUCAUCCGCUGGUGCCGGCAGGAUCUGGGCAUUCAGGAUGUCCUCAUGUUCGAGACCAACGACUUGGUGCUGAAGAAGAAUGAGAAAAACGUCAUCCUCUGCCUGCUGGAGGUGGCCAGGAGGGGCUCCAAAUUCGGCAUGCUGGCCCCCAUGCUGAUCCAGAUGGAGGAGGAAAUCGAGGAGGAGCUGCGGGACCAAACGUGUGGGGUGCUGGGGGCACCCAGAGGCAGCCAGGCCCUGCGCCCCACGUCACCCGCGUACCCCGGGCAGGCACAGCGCGUCUCCCUGUGCGACCUGAGGAACCUGGAUGAGCUGGUGCGGGAGAUCCUGGGCUGCUGUACGUGCCCAGCCCAGUUCCCCAUGGUCAAAAUCUCAGAGGGUAAAUACAAAGUGGGAGACUCCAACGCGCUGAUCUUUGUUCGAGUGCUGAGGAGCCACGUCAUGGUGCGUGUCGGCGGUGGCUGGGACACACUGGAACAUUACCUGGACAAGCACGACCCGUGCCGCUGCUCCUCCCUGUCUCACCGCCUGCCCCCCGCCCGCACCCUGGCCUUCUCCCCACCAAAACCUGCUGUCAGCAGUGCCAGCCCCGCACCCCACGCCCCCAGCCCCAGCACCCCACGCCGCGCUGACGUGACCAGCCUUGGGGACAAGCGGACACCAGGCUGGGGGGACGUCGGCUAUGGCAGGACGGAGCGAGGCAGCACCCCGAAGUCUGCGCCUGGAGCCGUCCUGCCCCCCCGGGCCCCUGCCAGCCCAUCCAGGAGCCCCGCCAGUGCACUCAGGCCCCGAGACUCCACCCGCACCCGCCGUCACUCCGGGGACAGCGACUCCUCAUCAGCCUCAUCAGUGGGACCUCCGCGGGGUCACCGCCCUCCCCCCGCCGCCUGCCCCUCUCCGCGCCGCCCGCCGCCGGGACGCAGCCGCUCGGGUGACCGUAGCCCCCUCCCCCUGCGCACCGCCGUCGCUCCGGGCGGCGGGGAGGAGCGCGGCCGGCCGCGUGUCGCAAACGGGCCGGGGCUGCCACGUGCCCGCAGCCAGGGCCGGCCCGGUGCUGACGCCGUGCUGCUGAUCCGACGCGGACGCGACGGGCAGCACUCGUGGACACGUGCUGACAGUGCGCCACGCGCCGCGAUGCGGCCCUCCGGCCCUCGGCGCUCCUCUCUGCCUGGGGACGGGGCUGAGGACAGGGAUGGGGACGCCUUCCAAGAGGAGCUGGAAGAGCUGGCGAGGAGGCUGCGGGCACCGCUGUGUCUGGAACCCGGGCAGGAACAGCAGCUGCUGGGGCGGCUGGAGGAAGAGUUUUUGGCCAACACGCGGCUGAUGGAGCUGGGGGACGGUGAGCCCUCGCCCCCCGCCCGCCCCACGCACGGGACGUUGGAGCCUGGCAGCGGGGCGGCCGCCGACUCGGCUUACUGCUCCUCCUCGUCCUCUUCAUCCUCCCUCAACGUGCUCAGCAACAAGCACGGCUGUCUGCCCGAGGAUGGCCGUCGCAAUGGGGGUCCCCCGGCCGCCCCCCACCCGCAGGAGCGCUGCGGCCGCCCCUCCAGCUCUUCGGAUGAGAGCAGCUGCGUGCCGGCCUCCGGUGCCGAGUCUGACCCCGAGUGGGUGCCAGCAGCGGAAGACGAGGGGAUGGAGACCGCGGUCGUGCCGGGGAUCCCCGUAUCCCCCGCCCUGCGGCCCUGUGCCCGGCCUCGGCUGGACGCGCAGCCGGGCAGGAAGCCCACCCGCAUCCCUGCACCCCGGCCCCCUGCCGGCCCCCCGCCCUGGAGGGCGCUGCACAGCGUCCUGGCCUCGCUGCUGGAGCCUGGGAGGGCACCGCGGGAAGAGGAGGGGCUGCAGGAGGACGCCUGGCCGUGAGAAGGACAAGGUGGUGGCUGCGGCCCCCGGAGUGGGAUGUGCGGGCACUGGGGCACGGUGGGAAUGGAUGCUGUCACGGCGGCGCUGGAGGGGGCUGACGAACCUGGGUGUGAUCGCAGUGCUGACAGGAGCUGUGUCACGGCGUUGGGAACGGGUCUGGGAGCAGCCAGCUCUGCUCAGCUCCUCUGCUCUUCAACAUUCUUCCUUCUGCUCCGUCCUGCUCCCCUCACCUUCCAUCCCUCCCUCUCUCCCCACCUGGGGACACGCAGCUCGUCACCAUGACCCGUACCCAGGGGACGUCCCCUCUUCCCCUGCAGCAUCUCCCCCAGCACAGGCUGCCCUGCAGCUCCCGGAGCCAGUAAAGCCCAAGGAAGGA